AUGGGACAUAAGAAAGAUUCUCAAUCGAUAAAAAAAAAAGGAAAUAAGAAGGAUGAUUCAUCCACCAAGAAAAAAAUAGUGUUACCAGCUAUAAAAACACCUCCAGUUUCCUCAAAGUCUUCUCCCCCUUUAAAAAUUAAACUUCCUGCUCAACAAGCUUCAACGAAUGGUUCCGAAGGUCAAAAACAGCCUGUUGGUGAAGGAAAUAAGAAAAAAACCACUUUGCUGAGUAAAAUUUUGGAUGAUGAUGAGCCAGAGAUUCCAAUCGAAGAACAAUUUAUUCUCAGAUUAAUGGUACCUGAAGAUAUAAAACAAAAAUUUCGAGAAAAGGUGAAGAAACGGAAAUUAAUCAACGAAGUUGGAAUUUCAUUUAAAGAUUCACGUCGAGCAAUAUUUACUUUUGAAAAUCAAAAGUAUAGUGCGCGAUUAGUAGAUCUACCCUGUAUUAUUGAAGCUCAAAAAACAUUUAACAAUAAACAGUUAUAUAAAGUUGCUGACAUUUUAGAAUCUCCCAUUGAAAACCAAUAUGAAGAGCAACUUUUUGCUGAAAACACAUCUUCAAAUAUAGAUCAAUUUGAAUGGCCCGAUGGAUUAACGUUGCCAAUGAAGAAUAAAAUCGAAGAUAUAGAAAAAGAAGUCGAAAAAUUAUUACAUGAUGAUUCUUUGGCAGAGGAGGUGAAAAUUGCUUGGGAAGAUGCUGUUGAUUCGGAAACUGCAACUCCUGCUGCACUUCUUGGGACAAUGCCCGAGGAUGAGGAGGAGAUUGAGGAGACCGAAGUGCAAGUAGAAGACGAUGAUUACGAUGCAGAAGAAACUGAAGUUCCUGAAGAAGACUUGAUACAAGAACGUAAAAAUGAAAAUGAGGAAUCGGCUCAGAAUGAUGACAUAACAAAAGAAUUUCAGAUAGGCUUGGAUAUGAUGGAUCAACUAACAGAUGGUGAAGACAGUGAAGCAGAUGAAUCUGAAGAAAGUUCAUCCGCUUCUUCUUCAGAAGAAGAAGAUAGUUCUUUUGAAGACCAAGAAGAAUUGACUAAAAUCUUUGAAAAGCAAAGAACGUUAAAAUCAGAAUUAUCUGAAUUAGAUGCUAAUUUACAAAAGAAACGAAAAGAUUUAGAAGUAGAAACCAAUAGUAUCAUGCAGGGAAGAUUUCUUACAGAGAUUAACACUAUAACUGCGGAAAUAGAUCAGAAAAAGGCAGGAUUAGAAGAAGCAGAACGAAGAAUAUACGAAAUUCAAGAAAAGAUGGAAUCAAAAGUCAAAGCGCUCGAAGAGAAACUUGCAAAUGAUCAAUCUCAAGGUGAAGAAUCUGAUAAUGAAACGACAUCAUCAACUUCUGGUGAUAAUGAAAUUCAAGAAAAGGAUGAUGAAAUGGUAUAUGAAACGGAAGGAUCCCCCAUAGAAGGAAGGAAUGAAGAGGAUGAUGACGAGGGGAUGGAAGUAACAGCUUCUUUUGCACAACCAACCAACAACCUCUCAUAUACCACACAAGCGAGAUCAGUACCAGUAGAGAAUGCACACCUGGAAUUCCUGCGAACCUUAGCAAGAGUAGAUAUCAUAAGAAGUAUUAUAGCCAGAAGUAAUUCCUAUACUGGAAAAUGGAUACUCGGAAAAGAAAUCCGUACUGUUACUCAAAAGGUUAUUCAAAAGGUUACUCAUGCAGAUUCAGAAACAGCACCAAAGACAGCACAGUUACUUGCGAAACAAGAUAAAUACACUUUAAACACAUAUGCUCGCCCACCAAUUAUCUUUUCACAUGGUAAAGGAUGCCGAGUUUACGAUUUAGCCGAACGAGAAUAUCUUGACUUUACUGCCGGUAUAGCCGUAAAUGCAUUAGGUCAUUCGGAUCCCGAAGUCGCACAUGUUAUUUCGGAGCAAGCAAACAAACUUGUACAUCUUAGUAAUUUAUAUCAUAACGAAUAUGCAGGGGAAUUAGCAGAAUAUUUAGUUGAAUCAACACGCGCAGGAGGAGGAUUUGAAGCAUCAAAAGUAUUUUUCACAAAUUCUGGUACCGAAGCAAAUGAGGGAGCUUUAAAGUUUGCUAGGAAAUGGGGAAAAUUUUAUGGUAAAAAAGGUAUUAAUGAUGGUAGCAUUAAUACAGAAAAAUUCGGCGUAAUAUCAUUUUCAAAUGCUUUUCAUGGACGAUCAUUUGGGGCUUUAUCUGCUACACCCACAAAAAAAUAUCAAAGUCCAUUUACUCCCAUGUUACCAGGUUUCGUUUCUGCACCUUUUAAUGAUCUGAAUAAGAUAAAUGAAUUUGUUAAUGAUAACACUUGUGCUGUCAUUGUGGAACCUAUUCAGGGAGAAGGUGGUGUUUGGGAAGCUAGUGUACCUUUUUUGGAAUCAUUAAGGAAAAGAUGUGACGAUGUUGGAGCUUUAUUGAUUUUUGAUGAAAUUCAGUGUGGGCUUGGUCGUACCGGAAAGUUAUGGGCACAUCAACAUUUUCCAAAAUCUUGUCACCCCGAUAUUUUAACAAUGGCAAAACCAUUAGCAAACGGAUUCCCCAUCGGCUCAAUUAUGAUUUCUAAACGUGUUGCGGAUAUCAUUGUGAUAGGUGAUCAUGGUACAACAUUUGGUGGCAGUCCAUUAGCAUGUAAAGUAGCGCUUAAUGUAACAUCAAGAAUUAACAAACCAGAACUAUUGGAAAAUGUUAAUAAUGUUAGUGCCUACUUAUUUUCAUCGUUUGAAAGAAUUAGCAAAAAAUUUCCUUCAUUAAUUAGCACGAUUCGUGGUAAAGGACUUAUGAUUGGUAUACAAUUUACUCGUGAUCCAAGUCCUUUGAUUAAAUUAGCUAGAGAACGUGGUUUGUUAAUAAUCACUGCUGGUAAUGACACUGUUAGAAUUGUGCCCCCCUUAAUAUUGAAUAAGGAAGAAGCUAAAAAAGGCAUUGAGAUUUUGGCGGAAUGCAUAGAAAUCUUUAAUGAACAAAGUUAA